UCGGCGCUCAGGGGGCGGGGUAGAGGCGCUGCGAGGCGCGUACGGACCAGAGCGCAGCGCCGUCCGCUCCGCAGCGCCCGCACGCAAGCAAUCAUGAGUGAUCGAAAGGCAGUGAUCAAAAAUGCGGACAUGUCAGAGGAGAUGCAGCAAGACUCGGUGGAAUGUGCAACUCAAGCCUUGGAGAAAUACAACAUCGAGAAGGACAUCGCUGCUCACAUAAAGAAGGAAUUUGACAAGAAAUACAAUCCCACGUGGCACUGCAUCGUGGGCAGGAAUUUUGGCAGCUACGUGACUCAUGAGACCAAGCACUUCAUCUACUUCUACCUCGGCCAAGUCGCUAUUCUUCUGUUCAAGUCUGGCUAGAGCCAUGGACUGUUACUGAAACUUGCACCUGUGCACAGGACUGCACACUGAUUCCCACCUUCAGCCUUCCUGGGGAAACACAUCUUGAUCUUCAGGUCUUGUAUUGUAUUGUUAAUGUCAGGGAUUUUGCUGUAGCGGCUGGUAUUUUCAUUGUGGCUAUAUAAAAAAGCAAAAAUGUCUUCCUUGUAUUUAUUUUCUUUCAAAAGAUGGCUUCUUUGCUAAUAAAAUCGUUUAUCCCUUUG